AUGACGUUCGAAAGUACUGUUGAAAUCACACGCGGCAGCGUCGAGACGAAACAUGGCGCACCGCCUUCGGCGUCGCCCGUGACGGACUCGACACUGGCGCCGACGUUUUCGAUUCCUGCGCCCAUUGCGACUGUCCGCGCCAACGUCCAGGCGUUCGAAGCCGACAGUAUGCACAAACUGCUGCAGCGCUACGACGGCGUCGACGUGCUGCCGAGUGGCUGGCGACAGGGUCCACAGAACAAGGGCAUUCAGGUGGUCUACGGGGAGGUCCAGGGCAGUGAGUGGUACACGAUGAAGACGACGGGCAUGCUCCAGGUCAGCGCUUCGAAAGCUGCUGCUAUCCUCAUGCACUGCGACAUGGUGCCCAAGUUCGACGACAUGACCAAGGAAGUCAAGGCGCUCGAGACGCUCAGCGACGUGUCGGAAGUCCGGCACGUGACUGCCAAGUCGGUCAUGUUCACCACCGCGCGUGACUUCUCCGUCGUGUCUACGUUCCGCGAAGAAGCGAGCGGUCGGCUGCUCAUUGCCACACGUUCCGUCGAGCACGUGCCGGCGCGCAAGGGCUACGUGCGCGCGACCAUUCACAUCUCUGGCUACGUCGUGACGCCGCACGCAACGGACGCCAACAUGUGUGAGCUCAGCGUGAUUGCCCACAUGGACCUGGGCGGCAACUUGCCAGCAAUGGUCGUGCGCUACCUCGGUCUGUCGGCCCCGAUCAAGCUCAUUGAAAAGAUCCGCGAUGUCACGGCGGCACAGCAGCAGGCGUAG